AUGGGCUCGAUCAACAAACAAAUCUCGAGAUUCGAGACGACCGCCGUAUAUACCCACCCCGACGCAAAAGUCGACAUUGUACUCGUCCACGGCCUCAACGGGGAGCCGCAAAAGACAUGGACUGCCAAGAAUGGGGUCUUUUGGCCCACGGAUCUGCUGCCCGGCUCACUGCGCGAUGCCAAAGCAAACAUCUUGGUCUAUGGUUAUAAUGCCGAUGUUUAUUCCAAGAAGCAUGGGGGGAAUCCGAGCGACAACUUUAUUUACAUGCAUGCACAAACUCUAGUCACCAGUUUGACGCACUAUCGCAAAGAUGAAAUGUCCUCGAGGAAUCCCAUCAUAUGGGUGGUUCACAGCCUGGGUGGUAUACUGCUAAAGAGGGCGCUUCUGUACUCAAACGACCUCAAAACAUCACAACAUGAAGACUAUCGUGGCAUCUAUGUGUCAACAUAUGGCAUCAUUUUCCUCGGCACUCCCCAUACAGGGUCAGACAUGGGAUCGUGGGCUGUGACGCUUCAAGCCAUGUCCGAUGCCGUUGUGCCCAAAGCAUUCUGGCAUUCGGAAUCAAUCUUGCUAAAGACUCUGAAGAAGGACAAUGAAACACUCCAGAAUAUCAACAGCCACUUUCUCGACAUUUAUCAACGAUUCAAGAUUAUGAUGGCUCACGAAAACCACGCGACAGAUCUUAAGGGCACCAAGAUGCUCGUUGUCGACGCACAGUCUGCCAGUCCUCAACUCCCGGGUGUGGGCUACUUUUCCAUCGAGGCAACUCAUUCCGGCAUGUGCAAGUUUGACAGCAAGAAUGCCCCGGGCUAUCGGACAGUAGCCACCUCCAUCAGAGACUGGGUCGGCGAGGCCCCGGAUGUUAUAUCAACUCGAUGGCGAGUGGAAGAUGAUGAGAAACUGGCGAGAGCCAAACACGAGAUUGAAGAACGAAUGAAACCCUGGCUCAAAUCACAACAACUACAACCGGGUCCGAGCUCCAGUAUGUCAGAUGCAUCAACCCAUGCCUCUAUUUCUGGCGGUGGCCAGCCAUUGCUCCCCGAGCGUAGCGCCAGCAGCCGGCAUAGUUCACCCUUUGAGAUUGAAGAAAUAGAUUCUCCUAUCGAUGCAAAACCGACCCAAGGAAUUGGUGAUGCCAGUAGACUGCAGCUGCCCGAGCCGGAUGCGGUAGACGUUGGCCCUGAGCCGCCCUCUCAAGAUUCGACGGAUUUUGAUACUUCCAACGAGCCAUUAUUCGUCAAGCCAUCCGUCUUUAAACCAAACACGUUCUUCAAAGGCCGAGAUCGCGAGAUGAAGGACUUGCACAAGAGGCUGAUGGAUCGUGCAAGGAGGUCUGUCGGCACCUCGUCCGUCCUUGUUCAGAGUAUGCCUGGCGGCGGAAAGACACACUUGGCAAGGCAAUAUGUCUUUGAGCACAAGUACGACUAUCCAGGCGGCAUAUUCUGGAUCAGGUCCAAAUCGAUUCAGGAACUCGAAUACGGGUACUGGGAUAUUGCCAAGACUGUAAAACUUCGAGAAAUCGAGGGCCUUGAUGAGGACGAGCUCAACGACAGAAAGAAAAUGGUCAAGGCUGUGCAGGGCUGGUUAAGCAGGAAUGAAGGCUGGCUAUUGGUGCUCGACGGUGUCCUCUUUGACCUACCCAGCCUAGAGACAUUUAUCCCCUAUGCAAAAAACACGAGCAUCAUCUACACCUCGACCGAAAAGACGGCUGGCGAGGAAUAUCAAUUCGACAACCCUCAGGUAAUCGCGCUAGACUCGCUGACGCCGCGAGAAGCCCAGGAGCUGCUUCUAGAGGAGAUGGGCAAGAGAAAGCCUUGGAACCAAGACGAUCUCAGUCGGGCAAUGGAGCUCGUGCAGCUAAUGGAGCGACUUCCACUCAUGAUUCAUGUUGCCGCCCAGCAGAUGAAGGCAACUCGGGAACCUCUAUCCAAGUAUCUUCGCGCCUACAAGAGUCGACCCAAGGCUGGCAAUUUGCCAGCAUACAGAGCUGUCCGAGAACAACUCGAGCACAGAGGCAAUUUCGCAGCCCUCAACCUCAUGUCGCUACUUGCAUUCUUUAGUCAACAUAUUCCCGUAGAAAUGUUGGCUUGUGGUCUCAAGGCAUUGACAAGAGAGACGCCCGUCAAGACUUCGGAUCCCCAGACAAGAAAGGGAUCGCUCAACAAUACCUUCAAGGUUCUCAUUGCCUUUGCCCUGAUUGAACGCAAUGAGAAUGACGAGACGUCUUCGACGAGUGACAAAAGUUCUCGCAGUGUUGACAUGGCUCAAGACAAUCUGGACAUUCUCAGGAUCCACGGAAUUGUACAGGCCUUUUUUGUUGAUGUCCUGGCUGACGAGAGAUUGGCUCACUAUUGGCUCGCUCGUGCAAUUCAUGUGUUUUGCUGCGCCUUUGAUGAAAGCGACCGUCGUAUUCAGGACGACUCUACCACGGGAAUGCCAGAAGACUAUCUACGAUUCUCAAUACAUGGCAAGAAGCUGUCGGGGUUCUUGGACCGUUUUGAACGAAAAUAUCCAGAACUCUCUGAUGCUCGGGAGCUUCUAGAGACACGGUUGGAUGGUAUCCAGAUACGAAUCGACCAGCUCAACAAGCGAAAAAAGACGACUGACCAGGACGACCAAGAAGAACAAGUCGUUUCGGUAUUCGAACGCACCAAUAGCUUGUCAGAAGUAGAUUCGUCUACACCUCCAAGCAGUAGUAGCUUGGUUCAGAUUCCUCUGUACGAUGAAAGCAAUGUGCCAGUCGAAUCUCCAACACCAUACAGCCCCGCGGAUCAUAAUCCUUACCAUUGGCACGUCACUUUUCCCUACGGCAUAGCUGUACCCGAAGAUGGGGACAUUUCGAGGACGGUUACUCCGCAGCCGGCACCUACAGAAAUCUUUGAAUCAAUAUCUGUGCCCGAGGACUAUGAGACGCAGCCCCAAGCAACCGAUCACCGGACGGUUAGACGACACUCUGAGCGUCGGUACCGGGACACUGCUGGUGCUUGGAGAGCAGCGCCGCAGAUACUCAGUGACCCUCGUGUCAGUCUGAGUAGAGAAAUUGUCAAGGGUGUCAUUAGCCCGCCAUCUGCACCUAAUCAACGCGCGGAAGGGGCCGAUGGCGCUGCCAGUGAUCGCGGCGCCAGCAGCGACGCCGAAAUGAGACUCAACAAGAUUACCAAGGCGGCCCCUCCCCCAUCAAAGGGUGCAGUCGCACAAGAUGGCAUUCCCCUCAAGGAAGGUUCUCUGACCAUGCGCCCCAAGCUUAUCCCAGGCCGGCCCUCCUAUAGCGAUGCUCAUGCCAAGGAAGCUGUCGAGAAUGAUAACCCUACUGCAACAUUCUCCAAUAUCCUGGGAACCGGGCCACCACCAUCGUCGAGCUACACGGCUGCAACACUUUUACGUCUUAAAGAAGCAGGCGAUAAACCCAUUUCCACAGAAGGGCUCGCACCGGUCAAGGUCUCAAGUCCGUUGAGCGCCGGUCCUCUGACGACAGUGUCUACCUCGCCGACCCUGUCACCACAAUCCCCAUUGUCCGAGAUACCCGACGUCGUUGAUCCAUCUUCCCAACACGGCUCCAGAGCUUCAUCUGGUCAGCCUACACGCUCGGCAAGGUCAAGCCCAAUGCAACUAGCCGGACCAUUCUCACCGCCGCCAAUACCGGUUGAAGUUCACCAGACUAGCAGUCUACGCUCUAUCCCAGGAACUGGCGCAGGCAUUGAAGCAAGCAUCUACAGUCGACCAGAGGAAUUUGUCGUAUACGAAGAUGAGUACGAGCCCAUGACUCAUUCGCUGCCGUCUGUACGGCCGUAUCCUUCAAGCCGGCCGCCCAGUCCACCUUAUCCGCACGGAUCUCCCUUGCCGCAGCCACUGUCUGUAUCAGUUCACCCCCCACCUUGGACAGCAUCCGAAGGCCGCUUGGAGUAUCAUCCUCGCGGCUACUGGAGCCAGCCCAUGAGUCGUGAUACCUCUCAUCAGUCAACCAAUAGUUUGGGCUCAACACAUUCACAGCCUUUGCGCAACAGAAGUCCUCUGAUUGCCCCCACCUCAAUGCAGGGUGCAGGUUCUGCUGCCAGUUCUCCCGGCGUGCAGGCCAUGCAGCGUCCCCAGAGCAGAAGGCCCAGUGUUGUCGAGACGGAGCCCAGUCCUCUUCUCGGUUCUGCAGGUUUCGAGAUGGAACCAACAAGCUACCAGAUAUAUCACGACUCUGUGCGCGGACGUCUCAGAACAGGAAGCAUUAUAUAUCCGGCACAAGUUGUUCAUGUCGUACCUGGCACAUCACAAAGACCUGGCUUCUUCCGUCGCUUUAGCAGACGCCGUCGCGGCACGGCCGCCAUGCAACAUCGCAGAGCAGGAAGUGCAAGUGGCCGCUUGACUAGAGAGGAUCUGGGAAACAGCACGGGUCUGCGAGGAAGCCCGGACCUGCGGGGAACCGGCGGUGCAUUUCAUACUAACCCUGGUUACGGAACAGGAAGCGGCCAAGACAUGGCAAGGUCGGCGUCGGGUAGCGGAGGUUUCAAGCUUGAUGACGGGACGGUUGUUGGGUUUGGGUCUAGUUCGACGCCCGGAGAAAGAUCAUACUCCCAGGACAAUGUUGGCCUAGGACUAUAUUAA